UAGGGCGUAAGUAGGGUUUUUGGAGGGAGAGGGGGGAUGAGCUCGGCUAUGGAGGCGUGCCUCGUCGACAGCAUCAAUGCGUCCUUGAAGCUCUACAUGUAUCGCAAUGCCACAUUCCUCUGCGAGCGCCUCUACGCGGAGAGCGCUACCGAGGCAAAUCUUCACCUUCUCGCGACCUGUUAUUUUCGGAGCAAUCAAGCAUACCGCACAUAUUACCUCCUUAAAGGCAUUAAAUCGCCACAGUGUCGGUAUCUAUUUGCACUGGCCUGCUUUGAAAUGGGUAAUAUGGCUGAAGCUGAAGCUGCGCUACAACCCAGUGAUUCUCCAUCCGAGGUUCCAAAUGGAGCAGCCGGUUACUAUCUGCUAGGACUUAUCUGUCGGUUUACGGACCGCAGACAAGCUGCUAUUGCGCAUUACACGCAGGCGCUGUCUCUGGAUCCAUUCUUUUGGUCAGCUUACGAAGAUUUGUGUCUGCUAGGUGUUGAGGAAGAUCCACUAUCACAAUCUCAGUGGGAAGUCAAGUCUCAGUAUACAUACAACACGCCUUCUCCAAGCGUUUCUCAGUUAGUGACUACAAAGAGUACUGUUGCUCCCGUUCAUCCUCAGAGACGAAAGUUCCUUGACGAAGGAAAGCUUCGAAAGGUGUCCGGUAGAUUAUUCACUGAGCCUCCCAGGCGGAGUUUGAGGCUUUCUGCCGAGUCUCCAUCCACAAUCAAUGUUUGCUCAAUUCCAAGUCCUGUAGCCGUGUCAACACCUACGUCAACUGCGAGCGUCCGGGUAUCCAGCAAUAGCUCCGUCCGUGUUUCUAAUUCGCGUAAGAUUAUUUCCGGAAGUGCCGAAGGUCCUCUUGAUGAUGGCCGAAGGGUUUACGAAAGCUUAGAAACUCUUGGAAGCGAUGAAAUGUCAAAUACCAGCAGUCAGCAGUCUUCUCCUGUGAUAGAUGACGAACUUCGGCGCAGUGUCUCCGUUGGCUUUGUGUCCCGGGGCUCGAAGCUUGGGGAGGGUGCUACAGAACUCUUGGCUCUUCUAAAAGUCCUUGGUGAAGGCUUCAAGCAUGUUUGUAUGUACGAAAGUCAGGAAGCACUAGAAGCUUUUGCGAAGCUCCCACAAAAUCAGUAUGAGACUGGGUGGGUUUUAUGCCAAAUCGGAAGAGCAUACUUUGAGAUGGUGGAUUACGCAGAAGCCGAGCGUGCUUUCAGUUGGGCUCGGAGAGUGUCACCCUACAGGCUUGAAGGAACUGACAUCUACUCAACCGUGCUCUAUCACAUGAAGAAGGACGUGGAACUGAGCUAUCUGGCACAGGAAGUGGUAUCCAUGGAUAGAUUGUCUCCACAAGCAUGGUGUGUGAUUGGAAACUGCUUUAGUUUGCAGAAAGACCACGAAACGGCACUAAAGUUUUUCCAGCGGGCCUUACAACUCGAUUCUCACUUCACAUACGCGUACACUCUAUGUGGACACGAAUAUGUUGCAAUGGAGGACUUCGAAGAAGGCCUUACUUGCUAUAGAAACGCGAUACGUAUGGAUGGACGGCACUACAACGCGUGGUAUGGACUUGGUACAAUCUAUCUACGCCAGGAAAAAUAUGAGUUGGCUGAGUACCACUUCCGUCGUGCCUUGCAAAUCAAUGAACGCUCUUCAGUGCUCCACUGCUACCUGGGAAUGGCGCUGCAUGCUCUAAAGAGGAGCCACGAGGCUUUGGAACUGCUUGGCGAAGCGAUACGGGCUGAUCCCAAGAAUCCUCUUCCAAAGUACCAGAAAGCGAACGUUCUAAUGAGCGAGGAGAGAUACAACGACGCUCUCGGAGUUCUGGAGCAACUCAAAGAAGUCGCGCCUCGCGAGAGCAGCGUCUACUUCUUGAUCGGGAAAGUCUACAAGCGGCUGGGACAGCCAGAGAGUGCCAUGUAUCACUUUUGUGUCGCGUUGGAUCUCAAGCCAUCCACUGCAGACGUGAAUCUCAUCAAGAAUGCGAUAGAGAAGCUUCAUGUUCCAGACGAGUCAGAAGAAGAGAACUUGUAAAACUGACAGGCCUAACAAUUAACGUCGCAAAAACAGUUGAUAGUGGCCAUCGAUAGGCUACCUCAUCACCGACUCUUUCACAAAGUGACGAUCUCCGCAGCUGCCAAAGGCACCACAAAGCUUGUCACAGAGAGAAAACGACCAAACGCUUACCUGUACUCUAUGUGAACGUUCAGAAAGCGUGGAUUUUCCUUGCACUGCGA